AGGAAUUUCCGGGGAUCAUGUUACAGCAUUCGCUGAGCUAGAGCCGAGUAGGACGCGAGGCCUGGCUGCCAGACCGGGCCUCUCGCCCCCUCCUCUAGUGGCCCGCGAGCCUUGGCAGCGCCGCCCCUGCCCACAGUGACCCCGUGUGGCGGGGCCGUUUCGCGCCCCCGGGCCGCUUUGUUAUGGUAGGGCCACCCCAGCCCCGAGUUGUCGUCGGGUCUCCUCGGCCCCGAAUUAUUUUAGGAGCGAUCCGACCCCGCGUUAUCGUAGGGUCAGCCCGGGCCCAGGCUACCCCGGACGCGACUCCUCGGCCCCAACUGGCUGCGGAGGGGUCUCCCCGCCCUCGGGUCGUCUUCGGAACGCCCCGGGCCCGCGUGAUUGUGGGUUCGCCUCGGCCCCGAGUGAUUGUCUCAUCUCGGUGUCCCACAGUGGUCGUAGAUUCUUCAAGGCCGCGGUCUCCCGUAGGCUCCCCGUGGCCCCGAGUGAUAGUCGGGACUCCCCGACCGCGGGUGAUCGUCGGCUCUUCACGGGUCCGGACCGCCGGGGAAGAUCAGGCCUCGGCAACCUCUCCCCGCUCCCUGCAAGGCCGCAGGCAAGAUGAACAUUCUGGCGCCCGUGCGGAGGGACCGCGUCCUGGCGGAGCUGCCCCAGUGCCUGAGGAAGGAGGCCGCUUUGCACGUGCGCAAAGACUUCCACCCGCGCGUCACUUGCGCCUGCCAGGAGCACCGGACAGGCACCGUGGGAUUUAAGAUCUCCAAGGUCAUUGUGGUAGGAGACCUAUCAGUGGGGAAGACUUGCCUCAUUAAUAGGUUCUGCAAAGACACCUUUGAUAAGAAUUACAAGGCCACCAUUGGAGUGGACUUUGAGAUGGAACGAUUUGAGGUGUUGGGCAUCCCCUUCAGUCUCCAGCUUUGGGACACUGCUGGACAGGAGAGGUUCAAAUGCAUUGCAUCAACCUACUACCGUGGAGCUCAAGCCAUCAUCAUCGUCUUCAACCUGAAUGCUGUAGCAUCCCUGGAACACACCAAGCAAUGGCUCGCUGAUGCACUCAAGGAGAAUGACCCUUCCAACGUGCUUCUCUUCCUUGUGGGUUCCAAGAAGGACCUGAGUACUCCAGCUCAGUAUGCGCUAAUGGAGAAAGAUGCACUCAAGGUGGCCCAAGAGAUUAAGGCUGAGUACUGGGCAGUCUCAUCUCUCACUGGUGAGAACGUACGUGAAUUCUUCUUCCGUGUGGCAGCACUGACCUUUGAGGCCAACGUGCUAGCUGAGCUGGAGAAAUCGGGAGCCCGGCGCAUUGGGGACGUUGUCAGCAUCGACAGUGAUGACAGCAACCUCUACCUAACUGCCAGCAAGAAAAAGCCUGCAUGUUGUCGCUGAGGAGUGAGAAGAGUAUCCAGAGACUACCUGUCCCUAGGGACAGUGCCAUCCUGACUGCCCCAGAGCUGGAUCCCUGGACAGUUUUGCACUGACUUUUUCCAGACCAAAGAGCUGCCCCCUAGUGGCAGCACCCCAGAGGGGUAACUGGGACCAUGCUAGUCACUUCCUGCCCCCAGGCAUCGUGCCAAAGACUGGAUGACUCCCUCCUCCUCUAGGGGCUCUCCAGAGUGCCCAGCAGUGGGAGGGGCAGUGUUCCUGCUGCAUUUACUCAGCCUGCUGGGCCCUCUGUGUAUAAGAAUGCCUAAUAAUUCCAGCCCUAUUUUGUGCCUUAUACAUUAAAAUAAAUGUUUAUUAGC